AUGGAAGUCCACACAUUAGCGGAAUACAUAGUUGGAAAUGAUGGGGAUAGAACCUCAGAUAAGAACCUAUCAAAUGAAGCAUUUGCCGACAAACUAUAUAAAAUUGAUUCGGAUCCGAAGAUAAUGAAAGAGCGGCCAUGGAAGAAGGAUGCAAAGUAUUUUAAAAAGGUAUACAUUUCGUCGUUAGCGUUAAUUAAAAUGACAUUACACGCAACUUCGGGAGGCUCAAUUGAGAUAAUGGGUAUGAUGACAGGAAAGAUCACUGAAGGAUCUAUAGUUGUAAUGGAUGUGUACCCACUUCCUGUGGAAGGUACUGAAACAAGGGUGAAUGCACAGGCAGAAGGAUAUGAGUAUAUGGUACAAUAUCUUGAGCAGCUGAAGAGAGUCGGAAGGAAUGAACACAUAGUUGGAUGGUACCACUCACAUCCUGGCUACGGUUGUUGGCUUUCCGGUAUUGACGUAGCGACACAGAGCCUCAACCAGAAUUUCCAGGACCCCUAUUUGGCAAUUGUAGUAGACCCAUUGAAGACCAAAUCACAAGGAAUUGUAGACAUUGGUGCUUUCAGGACCUAUCCUGAAAAUAAUCGGAAUAAAACCAGAAACGAAGGCAAGCUAGAUAAUAGAAAGUUGCCCAAAGAAAAACGACAAGAUUUUGGAGCUCAUUAUGAAGACUAUUAUUCUUUAGACGUAGAGAUAUUCAAAUCAAAGAAUGAUAGAAAGAUUAUAGAUUUAUUGUUGAAAAAAUCUUGGAGAUCGGGAUUACUUCUGAUAAGUGAAAGUGGCCGAGAAGGUGACGAAAGUGUUACUAAAGUUAAUGAAAUGAUUGAAAAAAGUAGAGGAAACCUAGCAUCUCAUCAGUUGCAUGUAAUUGAAAACACGCUUUUGAAGAAAUUUGAAAGAAAUUAUGAGGAUGAAAUGAGGGAGAAGCUAUUGAAGAAUAGGGGAAACUCACUGAUAUGGUUCAAUGUUGAAGAUACUAAUGAAGAUGAGGAUGAAGAAUUGAGCGACGAGAGCGACUUGGAGGUUGAGCAAGAUGAUAGCGCAACCCUAGAUGUGUCAGAUAUUGAUGUGGAUGAUGCAAUGUCUAUGGAUAGCACCAAUGUUGGGCCAAGGAACAAGAGGAAUGACUCCGACAUUGAAGACGAUGAUCUAGAUGGCGAACAUACACCGCAGUCAAGUAGCGCGAGUGGAAGUUUGGGAGCAGAGAGUGAUUUCCCGAAAAGCAUGAGACUACGCAAAAUCCAAAGACGGAAAAUUGGUAUAAAGUAUGAGAUGGGAGGUUCUAGGGGGCAACUACUUAGGAAACACCAGCAUUACCAACAGCAAAUAAAGCAACAAAAUGUACUGAGACGCCUGCAACGAGACUUGGAGCAGAAUUUGCAAGGCAGUCCACUGGAGAACUUGAGCUAUCCACAAUCUGUUCGCGGAGAACAUGAGUUGAAGGAUGCAAGAAGCAGAGCUUGCAAUGAAAUCCAGGCACUUGGAAACCAAGUUGGAUUGAGCUCUAUAGAAUAUUUGCUAACAUUACGAGCACAGCAGAAGAUUUUUGGAGCCGAUAAAUGA